AUCUCAAAAGUCAAAGCACAAGAGUGCAGCAUAUAUGAGGGAUGUAACCAAUGUUUGGGUGCUCGUGAUCCUUAUUGUGGCUGGUGUUCCUUGGAGAACAAGUGCUCCUUGCGUCGAGACUGCCGUGACGCCACCCAAGAUCCUCAGCACUGGGUGAGCUACAAGACAGGCCGCUGCACCACCAUCACCACAGUCAUGCCAGAUAAGCUACAGAGGACCACUGCCAGGACUUUAGCACUGAUGAUUGACAACCUGCCAUCAGUGGAUGGACCAUUGCAAUGUGUUUUUAGUGCUAUGGGGAAAGAUCUCACCACAAAGGCCAAGCGUACUGCUCAGGGGGUUUCUUGUACCACUCCCCGGAAUGACAUGCUUCCUGAUAUCCCACAGAAUAAACAUCACUUUACAGCAAAGCUCUGUGUGCGAAAAUCUGAAGGGCCAGAGUUUGUGUGUACAAACUUCACAUUUUUCGACUGCAAUACCUAUAGCUCUUGUACUGAAUGUGUAUCGUCCCCUUUUCCUUGUGACUGGUGUGUUGAUGGCCAUCGAUGCACACACGACUCUGCAGAAAAUUGCAGAAAUGACGUUCUAGUCAAUGGUGUAAAUCGUGUUGGACCAAGCAUCAGAAGUGGACCUUCAUUUUGUCCUCGAAUUACCUUUCUUGAGAGCCAAGAAAUUUUGGUUUCAUCAGGCACUGAUAAGUCAAUCAAAGUCAAAGUUGACAAUAUAGCUCAAUUCAUCACACAGACAAGGUUUGUGUGUCAAUUCAACAUUGAAGGAAGAGUUACCAGUGUAAAUGCCAACUUGCUGAGUGAUACUAUUUACUGUGACAGAAUGGAAUUUUCAUAUACAACAGCUGCACCAUCAACUAAUGCAACAUUUGCUGUGAUCUGGGGAGGCUCAAAACCCCUUGAUAAUCCUGAUAACAUUCAUGUGCUGGUGUUUCAGUGUCAGCUCAUGGCCAACAAUUGUGGCAUGUGCUUAAGUCUUGCUGAGCGCUAUAAAUGUGGCUGGUGUCAGUCAACAAGUCGCUGUGAAGUGGCAGCCCAAUGUGAGGACGGGACAUGGUUGGACAGGGAUCGCACCUGUCCCAAUAUAAAUAUUACUAACUUUUAUCCACGAAGUGGCCCUUGGGAUGGAGGCACGAAUGUUACCAUAGAAGGUAUCAAUUUAGGCAAGCAGAUUGAUGACAUCUAUGAUGGAAUAACUGUUGCUGGAAUUAACUGCCAACCAUUUCGUGAAUCAUAUGUUAAAACCAGGAAGGUUACUUGCAUGGUAGACAGCCCAGGAGUGAAUGACUUUAAGGAAGGACCCAUUGUUGUAAAGGUGGCUCGUGAAUACCGUGGUGAAUCCCAAGACAAGUAUCGGUUUGUGAAUCCAGUAAUAACAGAUUUGACACCAGAUUCAGGACCAAGGUCAGGAGGGACAGUGCUCCACAUUAUUGGCAAGUACAUGAAUGCUGGCAGCCGCAUUAAAGCAUUCAUUAACGGACUUCCAUGCAAAAUUCAAAACACAAAUGCAAGUAGAGCAACAUGCAUUACAUCUUCGUAUUCGGACUUGCAAAAGGAAGGUAGUAUUGAAAUGACCUUUGACAAUGGCCGAAGAAAGUUGGAGGGGAAGUACUUCACUUAUGUUGACGAUCCAGAAAUUACCUCUGUUAAGUCUGGCAGAGUGGGACAGGCGGGCGUAAGAAAUGGUCCGAGAGGUAUUCCAUCUGGAGGAAUAAUUAUCACUGUUGACGGCACCAAUUUUAAUGUCAUCCGUAAGCCAAAAAUGUAUGUCAUGUACAAGGACAAAGAAUACACAAGUCCCUGUCAUGUAAAAAAUGCAACAAGAAUGGAAUGCAAGUCUCCAGCCAUUGCAAUUGAUAGUAAUGAGAGGAUUGACGAGGAGAAUGGCAUGAUGCUUGACUAUGGCUUCAUCAUGGAUAACGUGGAGUCUGUUCGUGAUCUCCAGAAUAGGGAAUUUUCUCCUUUCCUUGUUUUCCCAAAACCCGAGUACUUCACAUUUGAGGAUGAAAGCCAGAUCAAGAUGUACAAGUCUGAUUACCUCACAAUCAAUGGUAAGAACCUGGACAGGGCUGCACAGGAGAUUGAUGUAGAGGUCCGCAUUGGUGAAGAGUCUUGCAAUGUCACAUCAUUAUCUCGGUCUCAGCUAACAUGCAGGCCACCAAAAGAGCAGCCUGCACCAAACAAAAACAAUGACCUGCCCUUGGUUGUGGUGAUUGUUGGUGGUAAUCGCACAUACAGAAUUGGAUUCUUGAAGUAUGCUAACACAAAGGACUUUGGAACACUCUCCAAACAACUGAUCAUUAGCCUCUCAGUUGGUGCUGUGGUUCUUAUUCUGAUUUUGGUGAUUUGCCUCAUUGUCUAUCGUCAAAAGAGCAACCAAAACUCACGGGUUCUCAAGAGUAUGCAAGAACAAAUGGACAUUCUAGAACUUCGAGUGGCAGCUGAAUGCAAAGAAGCCUUUGCUGAACUGCAGACCGAGAUGACAGACUUGACUAGCGACCUGACUUGUGGUGGUAUUCCGUUCCUGGAGUACCGUACAUAUGCCAUGAAGAUCUUAUUUCCCAAUCUGGAAGAGACAACUGUACUGCAGAUGGACCGGCCUGACCUUGCAAGGAAGGAAAAAGGCCUGAAGCUCUUCGGCCAGCUAAUAAUGAAUAAGACAUUCUUACUACUGUUUAUUCGAACCCUGGAAUCUAACCGAUACUUUUCCAUGAGAGACAGGGUAAAUGUAGCUUCCCUCAUCAUGGUCGCCUUACAAGGAAAAAUGGAAUACUGUUCAGACAUCCUGAAGACUCUUCUAGCAGAACUGAUUGAAAAGUGUAUUGAAGGAAAGAUCCAUCCUAAACUACUCUUCAGAAGAACGGAAAGUGUAGCAGAAAAGAUGCUUUCAUCCUGGUUCACAUUCCUGCUUUACAAGUUCUUGAAGGAAUGUGCUGGAGAGCCACUCUAUAUGCUGUUCAGAGCCAUAAAACAACAAGUGGACAAGGGUCCAGUGGAUGCUGUCACUUCAGAAGCAAGAUAUUCUCUGUCUGAAGAGAAACUCAUCCGCCAGAGCAUUGACUACAAGGAAAUGACGGUGUAUGUGUCCAUGUGUAACCUGUACAUGGGAAGUGUAGAUGGACCCAUGGAAGGAGAUGAAACCCCAGUGAAGGUCUUGGAUUGUGAUACUAUCUCUCAGGUGAAGGAAAAGUCACUAGAUGCAAUAUAUCGCUCAUACCCCUAUUCACAGCGUCCACGAAGAGAAGACCUAGAUCUCGAAUGGCGCACAGGAACAUCAGGCCGUCUGAUUCUCUAUGAUGAAGACACAACCACCCGACCAGAAGGCGGUUGGAAGAAACUCAACACCCUUGGCCAUUACAAUGUGCCUGACCAGGCCCAGCUGACUCUCAUACCCAAGCAGUCGUCCAUCUACAUGUUAAUACUCUCUGAUAAAUCUGACAAGUCGCACCACAAAUACGACACGCUCAACAGGAGCAAACUAAAUUCCUCCAGUCCACCUCUCUCUCGAGCCACUUCACCCCUUAACCAUGAUAAUGAAGCAGGGGUAAAGGUAGGAGCAAAGGUUUGGCACUUGGUCCGCCAACAAGAGUCAGAACAGCGUGAGGGAGAACGCACAAAUAAGAUGGUGUCAGAAAUCUACCUCACGCGUCUCCUGUCAACAAAGCUGACCCUGCAAAAGUUUGUGGAUGAUCUGUUCGAGACCAUAUUCAGCACUGCUCACCGUGGCUCUGCCCUACCUUUAGCAAUUAAAUAUAUGUUCGACUUCUUGGAUGAUCAGGCACUACAGCAUGGCAUUACAGAUCCAGAGGUGGUACACACAUGGAAGAGCAACAGCCUACCACUCAGGUUCUGGGUCAACCUCAUAAAGAAUCCCAAUUUUGUAUUCGAUAUCCACAAGUCCAAUAUUGUGGAUGCCUGCCUCUCUGUAGUAGCUCAGACAUUCAUGGAUUCAUGUUCUACAUCUGAUCAUAGAUUAGGUAAAGAUUCUCCAAGUUCUAAGCUACUAUAUGCCAAAGACAUCCCUGUCUAUAAGGAAUGGGUAGAGCGAUAUUAUGCUGAUAUUAAGAUUAUGCAACCCAUCUCUGACCAGGAUAUGAAUGCCAUGUUGGCAGAAGAGUCCAGGAUGCACAAUUCAGAGUUCAAUAGCCUGGCAGCACUGGCAGAGCUGUAUGGCUAUGCAUUCAAGUAUAGUGACCAAUUAAUGCUGACCUUAGAAGAGGAUGAAUUCUCUACCAAGAACCGAUUGGCGUACCGGCUAGAGCAAGUUCACAGCAUAAUGACCACAGACCAAGACUGACAGGACGCCCCCCCAGACCCACGGGCUGGACCCGAUCAAAGGGUGCCACCUUCAGGGCUUGUGGGUCCCGGUUCCUUCUCUGCAGGCCCAUAUGGAGGGUCACCCCCGCACCAUGUGUAUGAAGGGGUACCAUAUGGCGUGUCCCCACCACAAUCUGCUGUUUAUGAUAGACAGGUGGAAACUAUGUUCACUUACCGUGGACAGGGAGCAGCCAUGGGAGAUGGGGGCCAAUGGGGGGGAGUAGAUGGCAGUGUGUAUGGUCUAUCUGGUGUGCCCCAGCAUGCCAGACACUCACCAGGGGCAUGUGGUAAUGCACAAUUUCCUAACAGAGGGACACCACAGGUGUACGGAUUUGAAUAUGAAGAGCCUUGAUUCACAUAAGGUUUAGUGGUGGGAGUGUUGUGUUUCUGCUCAAAGUGAGUUACUGUACGUACAGCUGGAAUGAAAAUUGAAGUGCCUCACGCCCAAGGCUACGAUUGUGCCCUGGAGUGAGCAUGGAAAAUGGCAACAAAGCAACGAACAAGCUUGCCCAGCAGCAGGCAAGAAGCAGCAGCAGCAAGAAAAUACAUACAUACAUAUAAUAUAUAUAUAUAUAUAUAUAUAUAUAUAUAUAUAUAUAUAUAUAUAUAUAUAUAUAUAUAUAUAUAUAUAUAUAUAUUAUAUAUAUAUAUAUGUAUAUAUGCAUAUACAUAUACAUAUAUACAUAUAUACAUACUUUAUGCACUACAGUAACUUUGUAUCAGACUCCCUGGCUUAAGAUACACUGAAAUGUGACUAGUGGAGGUGCGUUCUGCAGUCGUUGUUUUUUAAUGAGAUUAUCUUGGUGCUGUUUCAUGUGUGUGCAAUGUAGACUGCAGACUGAGUGCUACAAACCAGGACAAUAAGAAAUAUGGGUAGCAUUCGAGUGGUGCUCGUUCACAGUGUGUCAGAAAACAGCAUCUUGUGUUUAGUGUCACUUUUUUUAUUGCCAGUCCUGCCCUGAACACUUGUUUGACCUUUGCUCUUCCGUCUUCCAUCAAGACUGCACGUGACUUCAGCACAAGACUCCGCUGUUCAGAAGACUCUGCUCAAGACACCACCGAGAGGAGAGUCCAGUGGUGGAGAUGUAGUGAUAAUUCCAAAUUCAUUCAUUAUGUUAUUUGGAUUUAUAAGAUAUCAUUGUGAAGGAAUGUCUUAAUAGACUGCCUAGAAAGUUAGAAUUUUUCAGAAUCAUUCAGACUGAUAAAAGGAUUUGGCAUCAGGCAGCCCCAUGUAAUACUAAAUUGUUCACAUCAUAUAGUUUCCCGAAUGCUGUACAGAUUAUCAUCCAUAUUCCCUGCAUUUAAAAAAGAAAAAAAAGCAUAGCAAUCAUUACUCUUAAUAAGCUUAUGUUUGUCCAAGUUCAUAAACUGAGUGCAUUACCACAUUGCUGCUCUGUUACCGUAUGUACCAUUAUUUCAUAUGUGCAAAACUUUAAGAUGUUUCAAGUUUUCAUGUGAUAUUUCUAUGUGUACGAAACUGCGUGUGUGAUUGUGUGCGCAUACUGUUACUGCCAUGUGCAUGUGUGAAUGUGUGCGCAGAGAGGAAAGCCACGUGUGUGUUGUCUUGGUGUUCUAUGGACCUCAGCUUAUUGAGCAUAUUUUGCUUGCAUGGUGGAGAUUACAAAUGUUAUGUUUUGUUCUCAUAUCCUAUAUACCCUUCCGUAAUGGUUUAUGGGAAUGAUAGUAGUUCAUGACACCUGAGGAGCAUAAAAUGACUUUUUAGUGGAACUUGUUAUGAUUUUAAUAUAAAUGCCUUUGUGUAGGUGUAGAACUUGAGAUUGUCCGUGUUGUUGAUGGCGGUGAAAGUGAGGCUCCACCAUGCUGGCAGAGCUCAACUUGAGGGAGACUCAAUGUGCUCAUGAGUGUAGCUGUGUUCACGAAAUUUGGUUAUAAUCUAUAGGUGUUCUGAAGAUUCAUAGACACCUCACAGUUUGUUAUGUAAUCAACUCCAUCAUUUAGCCAUCAGUUUCCCCUCUUUCAUUUUUACGAAGAAUUUUGACUGGGAUAUUUUUUCCUUUUGCAUUUUUUCUUCUGUUAUUCCUUUUAAUUUGUUGAUUUUUAUUUGAUUUAUUAGCCCAUGUCUGUCAUAACGCCCAUGCCACUGCAAUGGUUUGUAUCAGUGGAAUUUUUUUAAAUUGUAGAUGGAGAAGGCGCAGGGUUUUUAGUAAUAACGCUCCUUGUUUAUAUGAAAAGGAUGUACUUUUUUAAAAGAGCUGUGGACUAAUAAUCCUUUUAUGUAUUUCCAUGUUUUGAGCUUUUUAGAUAUUACCGAAUGAGAUAUCAGUGCAGACAAGAUUUUUGCAAUAACUUUAAUAUGUCCGUUCUUGAAAUUGUGGUUUUCCAAAUUGUAUCAAAUCUUUUAUUAUCAUAAACGGAGCUUGUUUCAGCACCUGUUUCUACAGAGGCUCGGUGAGGGGAUCUCUUUUCAGACAACCAUCUAACGACAAAUGGAAAAAAUCGACUUUCAAUUUUUUCCAAUCUCUGGCUUAAUCUCUCACUGAGGUGCUCAUGUCUAAUGAAUAUAAUCUGAAAGGUGUAAAGAUUACGUACGGCUAAGACAGGCCACUGUUAGCUGUCAAGUGGUCUCGGAGCUACGGUUGAGUUAUGUCUCUCACACUCUACUCUCACACCCAUCUAUGUACAUUCAUUUGUGAAUAGUUCCUUUGUAUUAUAUUAGUACUCAUAAGACCAUUUGAUACAAUCAUUACUGGUAUUAAUUAUUAAUGAUGUUGAUACAAAUUCUAUCAUUGUCUACUUAGCUCGCGUCCCAGGACCAAACGAUGAUUUUGUUGGCCAGAAGACUGUAGCCUCGGUGAGAAAGAGGCGGUUUGUAUAUACUCAUGGAGGUGGGUCGGCGGCCUACCACAUCCUUCUGCAUUCCAGGGUCCUAUAGCCAAAUGUUUGGACUCUUUUGUAUACAUAUAUAUCAUGACGUCAUACGUCCUCCAUUUUAUAUUAUAGGAACGCAUUUUUGUUUGAUUUUUUUUUAUCCCCGUCCUUUUUUGAUUGUCCCUUCCUAAUACGUUGUUAUACAUAUUUUUGGUUUGGCAAUUUGUUGAGAGUUGUUCCCCGAUUAGAAGAAAAAGAAACAUGAGAAAGAAAACAUGAGCACAGGGAGCGAGUCUCUGUCCGGUCUUCGUUGGGCCCUGGUCUAGUCCCGGCCGCCGACCAUGCCUGCCGUGUACCAUGAUUUCCCGCGCGUCCCACUGUACAGACGCACGUUAUGUGUAUGUCAAGUCUGUGUUUCAUAUAAAUGGAUCAAUAAAUUUUUUCACUGUA